AACAGAGGUGGGUUUGCACGGUCUUGACUGUUGGCGCGGUUAGGAAACCAAGGAAACAAUAACACCUAGAGAAACUAACAGGUGAGUUGUUGCAUGUUGUGUAUCUUGGUAGCUAGCUUUAUAAUCAUAAGACAUUACAACAAUGAAAUGUGAAUGUAUGUUUACGAGUGAUAGCUUGUGGUUUAACUGGGGCCAUAGCUGGCUAACUGUUCACUAUCUACUCUGCAGCUAGCUAACAUUAGCAAGCAAGCAAGCUGUCAUGGCUAGCGACUAGUAGUAACGUUGGAUGGCAUCUCAUCUGAACUGAAGCUUGUAACCAAAGGCUAUCUGUGUUGUAACGUUAACGUAGCCAGCUACCACCAGCCUGUGUACUCUACAAUGUGCUGCUAGCCAAGGUUGAUGUAUUUUAUUUAGCUAACUAGCUAGUUAUUAUUAGCCAGUUAGCCCACUUGCAAGUUAAUUAGCUAUAAGCUAGCUACAUCAGUAACAUUAAAAAAGUCACAGAAUUUCGGAUAUCUUCACAAUAAAAGUCCCAAGGUAAUAGUAGAAAGGUGACAAUAACCUGUAGUCAUGAUAUAUAUGAAAAAUAAUUGUGUACACAUUAACAAUGAUUCAUAUUUGUUCAUAUUUAAGUGACAUUUGCAUUACAUUUGGGUUUUAAAACAUGUUCAAAGGUCAAUUAAAUGCCCCCAAUGCGAAUCACUGUAUAUUGAAUACAUAUAGGCUUUUAGAGCAAAAACUAUUCAGGGUGCCGCAGUAAAAGUAUUGUAGGGAAUACUCCGUAGGGUCUGUAGAAUGUAUAUAUGGUGUCAUUUCAUGGUGCUCUGAAUAAUACGGAGUGUUACUGAACUUUUACUCCAACCAUUCCAUUGGCCACAAUGCAAAUCACUGUAAAUGGAAUACAUAUUGGCUUAUAGAGCAAAAACUAUUUUGGGUGCCGAUCUAAAAGUAGGGUGGGGAGUAUUCAGUAGGGUCUGUAGAAUCUAUAUAUUCUCUAUAAGCCAAUAUGUUGUCUACUACGCCCGUUACCAUUAAUGUAAUGGGCGUAGUAAAAGGCCAGCAACACUCCGUAUUACUCAGAGCCCCAUGAAAUGACACCAUAUAUAGAUUCUACAAACCCUACUAAGUACUCCACACCCACUUUUACAUCGGCACAAAUAUUAGUUUUUUUCCUGUACAGUGCUAUAUUUGUACUGUAGAGUGUCCAGGCACCCCAUUCUUAAGCUGUUUAACCACAGUAAAGUCCAGCAACACUUCCUAUGACCUAGCUGUUUGUUCAAACUCAUCUGAUUUGUAUUCUACUGACUCUAGUGAGUAGACUGGACCCUGGUUUUAUGGAUACACAAUCAAUCGUUUUUCCUGUACAGUGCAAUUUGUUUGUGCAAUACAACACAAAUACAGUGACUUUUAUUAAACAUUACAUUUCAAAAUUUUAUCCUUGAACAAUAGCACCAGUAAAUAAACAAGAAUCAUACAAUCAAAAUAAUGAUUUAUUUAACAUUUAAUUGUGUAUUUUUUACCAGUAGGCUAUUGUUCUUGACAUUCAUUUACUUAAGCUCCAACCAUUUCUCAAUGUGCUCCACCUUAUAAUAUUCUUUAUCUUAUAAAGUUGUUAUAUAAAGUAGUAAUUCUCUUUUAGUGCUACAUACAUUUUAAUAAUAUAAUAUGCCAUUUUCCUUGCAAGCCAGAAUGUUGAAUAAAAUCACAUGUAAACUUACUCUACCGGUUGUCUGUGUGGGUUGUCCUUCAACUGCUCGAAAUCUCAGACAACAUUUCCACAGGAAAGUAUUGUUAAACCAACUUUUUAGAGAGCCGGUAUAUGGUUCAGUUAGUUUUAUAUUGGAUAUUCUGUUCUCUCUCACCAAUAACUAUUGAACUAAGCAUUCCAUGACAAUGAAAAUGGUAUAUUCUGAAUCAAGGGGAGGAUGGAGAACAAUCCACACCUUUUUUGAAGAUUGAAAUCCGAAUAAAACAUUUUUUUUAAAUUGAAAAAUUCACACAAAGAAAGUGUAAAUUGUUCUCCACCCUCCCCUCAUUCAGAAUAUCAUUGUCAUGGCUAGCCCAAUAUUGGACUAAAGAAGCCUAACAUUACUCCUUAGUCCAAGGACCUUACAUGUUCUGUUUAAAGGGCGAAUUGGCUCUGGAAGCCAAAACAGCCAACUACUCCACCUAAAAGUGAAUUUAUUAUAAAUUGCAGUACGGUUCUAGAAACAUAAAUCCCUCUGCUUUCAUAUCACAUCAAAAUAAUUUCACAAACGCAAAAUACACACUUCCUGUACACGGUUAUAACACACUUGCAGCCGACAGUAUUUUUCAGUGACAACACGUUUGUUGCGUCUAUCUUCCGUUUACACACAGGUGUUCUGAGACGCAGAUAGCUAAUUAGUACAGGUAGUCAGUCCACUCUGUCUUCCGUCUGGUUUCCAUAAAGCGCUGUAACAUGGAAAUAUGGCCAUGUGGGAACACUAACCCUAUAAAAGGUGUGUAUCAAUUUAACCUUUUAGUGUUUUGAAAAUAAUUUCUCGCUGAUAUGAAAGAUAAGGUCCUUAUGCUUCCAAAACCGUACCGCAAGAGAUUGCGUGUUAAUGUUCAGACCGAGCGUUGCGGCUCUUAACAGAACUCCCCCCUACAGAAGACGCCUUCGUCCAAUGACUCUUACAGUAUGUGUAAUAUAAUGGAACUGAGAGUCAUGAACAAGGGCUAUGUCAUGGUAUGCUUGAUUCAAUAGCUAUUGAGGAGCGAACCAAAUAUCCAAUAUAAAAACUUUACCUCUGUGCUGAACCGAACCAUAUACCUACCAGCUCUCUAAAAAGUUGAGUAAACAAUACUUUCCUGUGGAUAAUUUGUCUAAAAUUUCAAGCAGCUGAAGGACAAACCGCACAGACAACAGGUAGAUUAAGUUUAAAUGUAAUUUUACUCAACAUUCUGGUUUGCCUAAACCUAAGGAUUUAUGUAGCUAGUUUCAUUAAAUAAAAUGUAUUAAUAUUAUCUAUGAUAUUAAAUAAAUAAACAUUUAAGCCACAAUUUGAUGCAGACAAGUUCCUAAACCUCCAUAUUGCAUCCUUUAAGUUAACUCUGUUUUUUCUGCCACUAGAUUGGAAAUGUUGGACACUGUCCAAAUUCGGCGCAGAGGUGCCCAAGACUUCGAGGCAUAUUAUGAUAAUGCAUGCGCUAUGCAGGACUCAGUCCCAUUGCCAGCAGUCAAGGCAAACCUGAGUCAAGGGAUGCUUGACUUUAAUGGGGAUCGGCUCAAACUGACAGAUUGGACACCCAUACUCAACACUCUGACCAUCAAUAAACAGCUACAACAUGUUGCAGUCAGAAGCUGCUACCAAAUCGGUCUCAGCAUUGGAGAGCCUGGUAAACAUCAAGUAGGCUAAACAACUUGAAACUUGAAGUAGGAUCCCUUUGCUUUAUAACCUGUCCUUAUUCCUUGUACGGUCUCUGUUUUCCUCUCUUUACCCAUCUCAGACAAGUACAGGUCGGCCAAUAGGAAGAAGAUUCCAGCCAUCCGCUCCAAGGAGAUGACGUUCAAACUGUGUAAAGCACUCAGAGAGUGUCUGACCGCUUCACCAAACCUCAAGACCCUCCAACUCCAUGGUCUUCCAUUUAGAGAGAGAGACCUUAUCACUCUUACCAAGGUAGCAAGUUGCAGAGGCACAUUCACCUGAACCAACUUAAGGUUCUGCAGGGCACCCACUAAUACUAGUUUGUUGUUACUCCAGGGUUUAGCCAAAAGUGUCUCUUUGGAAAAUCUCUCCUUGGCUCACUGUCCUAUAGCAGACGAGGGGUUAGAAGGUGAGUAAGACGAAGGACUGGGAAAAGGAGAAAAUGUCUUCUUGUGUGCAAGUUAUGACCACAUUAUCUGUUUUGUCUGAUUUUGUGUUUUCUAAUGUUCAGCUAUCUGCCAGAGUGUGAAGUACUCUCCAUCUAUAAAGACAGUGGAUUUCACAGGCUGCAAUUUGACCUGGAGAGGAGCAGAGCAUAUGGCCAACAUCAUCAAGGUACUGGACCUCUGUUAUGAGCUUGCUCUCACCAACCCUUUCUUUGCAAUUAUUUAUACAUACACUAGAUGACAGAUAGGGGGCGCUGUGUUGAAGCCACUGUGCCUCCAUCUUGGCACUCCCCACUGUUGUAAAAAGUAUUUUGGCUGUAGAAAUGCAUUUAUUAAUGUCUACAUUACUUUUUGCCACGUUUGUUCUAUUAGACACCUUAAUGGGUCUUCUCCCGAGUGGCGCAGUGGUCUACGGCACUGCAUCGCAGUGCUAGCUGUGCCACUAGAGACCCUGGAUCGAAUCCAGGCUCUGUCGUAGCCGGCCGCGACCGGGAGACCCAGGGUGCGGCGCACAAUUGGCCCAGUGUCGUCCAGGGUAGGGGAGGGAAUGGCCGGCAGGGAUGUAGCUCAGUUGGUAGAGCAUGGCGUUUGCAACGCCAGGGUUGUGGGUUCGAUUCCCACGGGGGGCCAGUAUGAAGAAAAAAUUUUUUUUAUGUAUGCACUCACUAACUGUAAGUCGCUCUGGAUAGGAGCGUCUGCUAAAUGACUAAAAUGUAAUGCAUACUUUUAAAUGAUAUGUGAAAUAAAUAAAUAUACAGUAUAUAUAAAUAUAUAAACGCAACAUGUAAAGUGUUGGUCCAAUGUUUCAUGAGCUGAAAUAAAAGAUCCCAGAAUUUUUCCAUACGCACAAAACACUUUCUCUCAUUUGGUGCACAAAUUUGUUUACAUCCCUGUUAGUGAGCAUUUCUCCUUUGCCAAGAGAAUCCAUCCACCUGACAGGUGUGGCAUAUCAAGAAGCUGAUUAAACGGCAUGAUCAUCACACAGGUGCACCUUGUGCUGGGGACAAUAAAAGGCCACUCAAAUGUGCAGUUUUGUCACACAACACAAUGUCACAGAUGUCUCAAGUUUUGAGGGAGUGUGCAAUUGGCAUGGUGACCGCAGGAAUGUCCACCAGAGCUGUUGGCCAAGAAUUGAAUGUUCAUUUCUCUACCAUAAGCUGCCUCCAAUAUCGUUUUUGAGAAUUUAGCAGUACGUCCAACCAGCCUCACAACCGCAGGCCACGUGUAUGGCGUCGUGUGCACAGCGAUACGAGGCCCUUUUUUUUUUUUUAAGGUAUCUGACCAACAGAUGCAUAUCUGUAUUCCCAGUAAUGUGAAAUCCAUAGAUUAGUGACUAAUUAAUUUAUUUCAAUUUACUGAUUUCCUUAUAUGAACCUUAACUCAGUAAAAUCUUUGAAAUUGUUGCAUUUAUAUUUUUGUUCAGUAUACAGUGAGCUCCAGAAGUAUAGGGACAGUGACACAUUUUUUGUUGUUUUGCUCUACUCCAGCACUUUUGGAUUUCAAAUGAUAAAAUGACUGAGGUUAAAUGGCAGACUGUCAGCUUUAAUUUGAGGGUAUUUAAAUCCAUAUUGGGUGACCCUUUAGAAAUGAGAGCACUUUUUUUUUUUUUUUUACAUAGUCCACCCAUUUUAGGGGACCAAAAGUAUUGGGACAAAUUCACUUAUGUGUAUUAAAGUAGUCAAAAGUUUAGUAUUUAGAAUAUGUCUCUAAACACUUCUACAUUAAUGCUACCAUGAUUAUGGAUAGUCCUGAAUGAAUCGUGAAUAAUGAUGAGUGAGAAAGUUACAGACUAAAGUUUUACCUGAUAUGGAUGUAAAUACCCUCAAAUUAAAGCUAACAGUCUGCACUUGAACCUCAUUGGCAUUGUAUCAUUUCAAAAGUGCUGGAGUACAGAGGCAAAACAACAAAAAAUGUCACUAUCCCAAUACUUUCGUAGCUCACUGUAUGCGUAUAUAUAAAAAUUAUACUUUAAGGAAAAUGUGUGUGUAUGUAUACAGUAUAUACCUUCAUACAUACUGUGGUAAACCUUGGGGUGUUGGGUUUGAGCGCACAGAGAUGGAGACAGGGAGGUUCUAGUCAGAAAACACGCCUUUACUGGGCAACAUAAAAUAAACGAAACAACAAAAUAACUUAGGGUUGGCUCGGUCCAUAUUCUGGGCUGCCGCCUCGUAUUCAGUUCCGUGCCCCGGGAGCUUCGUUCCCGUCUGUAGGCUCACUCCCUGCCUCACAUUUCUUCUCUCCCGCGGUGUGCCACGGUGCUCCAUUUAUGUCGCCUGCACUGCUGGUUGGCACUCUCCCCUAAUUGCUCCUAAAACCUGCUCCAGAGCGCUCAAGGACCUCAGACUCGGGCAAAGGAUCACCUUCCAACAGGACAAUGACCCUAAUCACACAGACAAGACAACGCAGGAGUGGCUUUGGGACAAGUCUCUGAAUGUCCUUGAGUGGCCCAGCCAGAGGCCGGACUUGAACCCGAUCGAACAUCUCUGGAGAGACCUGAAAAUAGCUGUGCAGCAUCGCGCCCCAUCCAACCUGACGGAGCUUGAGAGGAUCUGCAGAGAGGAAUGGGAACCCCCCCCCCCCCCCCCAAGCUUGUAGUGUCAUACCCAAGAAGACGUGCUUCAACAAAGUACUGAGUAAAGGGUCUGAAUACUUAUGUAAAUUUCAUAUUUCCGUUUUUUUUUUAAUGUCUAAAAACCUGUUUUAGCUUUGUCAUUAUGGGGUAUUGUGUGUAGAUUGAGGGAAAACAAAUAUUUAAUCCAUUUUAAAAUAAAACGUAACAAUGUGGAAAAAGUCAAGGGGUCUGAAUACUUUCCAAAUGCACACAUUUUCCUUAAAGUAUCAUUUUUAGAGAACUAAUGUUACUCUGUCUCCACUAAAACAACAACAACAACAUUAUUACAUGUAAUUUUGUCCUUUUUAAUACAUUUAAUUGAAGAAUUCCAUUAAUUCCUAUGGAGGACUGCUCCUACUGGGGAGUGCCAAUAUGGCUGACCGGUGGCUUCAAAGCCUCAUAAUGGCCAGCAAUCCAGGGUUUAUAUACACUGAGUAUACAAAACAUUAAGAACACAUGCUCUUUCCAUGACGGACUGACCAGGUGAAUCCAGGUGAAAGCUAUGAUCCCUUAUUGAUGUCACUUGUUAAAUCCACUACAGUCAGUGUAGUGGCUGGGAAGAGGUUAAAGAAGGAUUUUCAAGCCUUGACACAAUUGAUAAAUUGAUGGUGUAUGUGUGCCAUUCAGAGGGUGAAUGGGCAAGACAAAUAGUGCAAUCAAUAUUAGGAAGGUGUACCUAAUGUUUGGUAUUCUGAGUGUACAUCAUUGUUCCUUUGCUACCAUCUGUGACUCAGAAGAUCUGUAUUGAAAUCAUUACACAUUCAACAAUUGCAUGGGUAGAAUCGUGCAUCCCUUAUUGUGUGGUGUUUGGGGUUGUGUGUGAGCUCCAGUUGACUAACCUCUCCCCUCCAUUGCAGCAUCAGGCCAUGCGGAGGCACAGUGCAGCCUGGGCCGAGUCUCUGAGGUACAGGAGGCCUGAAUUCGAGGGCAUGGGAGGCCUCCGCCGGGUCACUCUCAACUGCAACACCCUGGUGGGAGACAGAGGGGCGGCCGCCCUCUCACAGGAACUGGCUGAGGACCUCUGGGUCAAAGGUCAGAGGACACGUUCAGUCUCUCAUUGACCCUCUUAAGUCCGUUUUUCAGGACCUUUCCUUGAGCUUGAAUCCAGGGUCGUGUUCAUUAGGGAACACCAUAUCAAAACUUAUUUGUAAUGGGUGGUAUUGACUGUAGUUUUGCAUUGUUUUCCUAGCCGUGGAUCUGCAGAAGUGUGGUUUAUCCAACGAUGGGACACGGUCUCUGCUGGAGGCUCUAAAGUCCAACACCACUCUCUGUGUCCUGGAUAUCAGGAGGAACCCCUUAGUGGGUAAGUUCCAACUUCCACUGCUCUGAGUGGAUGGGAUUGUUUUACUCACGGCACCUGUCAAAAGGGUAUAUUUUGGAAGUAGACAUAUCAGAAUGAUCAUAUCUACUCGGUUGCUGUUUUUUCCUUUGAGAGUUUGUUAUAGGCUUAACACGAGUGGUUCUUACUCCUCUCCUCCUCGCACAGACAAUGACCUGGUGAAGUCCGUGAUCAAAAGAGUUCUCAUGAAUGCUAAUGGUCAAUCCUCUCAGGUAUGGAUAUGUCUGCUCCUGGCCUAUCUGGCUAUUAAAGGAAACAUUGGGAGCUGUGUGUCCAUGAUUAACGCAAAGUGGUACAAUACAUACUGCAUUAUACAUGUGUGAAGAUGUGUGUGAGUAUCUAGUGUCUCAGGGUUGAUGAUGGUAGUUUCUCAGUAGUAUGUGCUCCAUGUUUUAUGUUGUAGUACUCCUGGAUCAAGCCCCCGGCCCUCAAAGACUCACAGAAACCUCCAAGCCUUAAGAGAAGAAUACUGGGAAAUACAGCUAGAGGAAAAGCAACAUUUAGGAUAGGUACAUUUGAUCAUCUACUCUCUCUUAAACUGUAAAUCUAAUAAAUAAGACACUGUUCAUGGAUGCCAUGUCAGUCAACGUGAACAGAUGCCGUUGAGCUGCAUUCAGUAUGCUGUAUGUGAUUCCAAGGCAUUCUCUCUUUGACCUUUGCGAAGAAGUGCCCACAGUCGUGUUCAUUAUAGGCACCAAACGGAAGACAAUGGACUGCAACACGGAGGGCCCACCUAGACUUGUCCAAUAAGAAACAUUCAUUUUGUUUCUGGUUGCGUGCCAUAAUGAACACAACCCAGGUCACUGUUAACUCUCCCUUAGCCAUCAGGCUCUCUCAAUACUAAGCCUCCAAACACACAGUCACCCUGUGGUCCUAUACACUAUGACAGUGGAUAUGUCACAAAUGGCUAAAUGUAACUAGAGCCACCACAUCCUUUCUGGAGCCAGGAAGUAGCAUUACGGUUACCUGGUAUCUAAAAGUCUAAUAGCGGUAGCUAACCAACAGUAAAUACAUGUAACUAACUCUGGCUAACUGUGGAAUUAAACAAUUAACUUAUUUAUAGUUAGUUCCCUAUGGCAUCCUCUCUCUUUGCUUGCUACCAGUGUAUGUAAUGUUUUCAGUUUGACGUGUGUGACGUAUCCACUUUCAUAUCGUGUUGUGAUUAACCUUCCCUAUGUAAUUGCCCUACUAGUGGACCCUGUGAUGUUCUGUUCUAUUAAUAAUCACAUUCUUUCAACUGCCGACCUCAUUUCAUUUCCUGCUGGUGUUGACCACAUAUGGUCCUGCCCAGGUCCUCGCAGGUUGUCGUCGGCCAGUAGGCGGAGUCCAGUUGUUGCCCAGCAGCCACACCCCAGCCUCAGCAGGUGUAUCCCAUGGCGCACUGCAGAACGUGCUGGACGACAGAGGUAAGGGCAGUCGUCGAGGAGAACGACUACAGGAAUCUUCCUCCUACAAGAUGAAACACCUUUAUUUAUCUUAAUUUCAAUAUUAAAGACUAAAAUCAACUUCCAUUGUCCUUCAUGAGUGGAUGAAUAUCCUCUUCUUUUCAUGUCCUAUCUUGACAGAGGACUUCCUCCAGGUAAUACAGUGGCAGAGCAGAGCUUUGAGGUAAGCAAUCUAUUUGUCUAACACACUGUUAAACUAAUUCUGACACUUUCUGGCCACAUGUAAUCCCUAUGUGUCUGACCUGUGUUGUGGUCAUAUGUUCAUGUCCAAUGGUCCCCUAGAUAGAUCUGUUGAUGUCAAAUAUAUGGUCUUCAUCAGGGGGCUGCCACUGUCAAGGUCACAAUGGAGACUGAGUCAGAGGAGGAGGGAGAGGAGGAAGCGGUUGAGACAAAAAGCCCGUCGGCACUUAGCCUUCAUGAAAGGAUCACUGUCAGACAGUACAGACGUGUACAGGUAAAGCCUAUAUGGUAGCAGACACAGUGCACAUACUGUACUUAGAGGGGCGUUUUGAAAAGGGAUUACUUCCAACUGCGGUGCAUCCUGAUUGACAAGCCUCACAAACACCAGGCAUGUUUGCUCUCCCACUGACUGACAGGGAGACACUGUUGUUUUGGUUUGACAGUGAUGGAGUGCAGUUCCCCUGUUUUUCCUACAGGUGGAGCUGGAGGAGUGUCGGCUCAGACUAGCAGAGGAAAGGAGGGCCAGAGUGAAAGCAGACACUUGUCUCAUGGAGGUACGGACUGUCAUCCCAACCUUUGUACUAGUAAGACUAAGAUGCAGAGUAUACAAUAUUCUACAGUUUUUGUGAGAAGAUGGUAUGAUUUACAUACAUGUACAGUACCCGUCAAAAGUUUGGACACCUACUCAUUCAAGGGUUUUUCUUUAUUUUUAAAAAUGUUCUACAUUGUAGAAUAGUAGUGAAGACUUCAAAACUAUUAAAUAACACAUGGAAUCAUAAUCCAAAAAAGAUUAUUCAAAGUAGCCACCCUUUGCCUUGGUGACAGCUUUGCACACACUUGGCAUGUAAGUCGCUUUGGAUAAAAGCGUCUGCUAAAUGGCAUAUUAUAUUAUAUUCUCUCAACCAGCUUCAUGAGGUAGUCACCUGGAAUGCACUUGGCAUGUUAAAAGUUAAUUUGUGUAAUUUAUUUCCUUCUUAAUGCGUUUGAGCCAAUCAGUUGUGUUGUGACAAGGUAGGGGUGGUAUACAGAAGAUAGCCCUAUUUGGUAAAAGACCAAGUCCAUAUUAUGGCAAGAACAGCUCAAAUAAGCAAAGAGAAAUGACAGUCCAUCAUUACUUUAAGACAUGAAGGUCAGUCAAUACGGAACAUUUCAAGACCUUUAAAAGUUUAUUCAAGUGCAGUUGCAAAAACCAUCAAGCGCUAUGAUGAAACUGGCUCUCAUGAGGACUGCCACAGGAAAGGAAGACCCAGAGUUACAUCUGCUGCAGAGGAUAAAUUCCUUAGUGUUACAAGCCUCAGAAAUUGCAGCCCAAAAAUGCUUCAGAGUUCAAGUAACAGACAUCUCAACAUCAACUGUUCAGAGGAGACUGCGUGAAUCAGGUCGAAUUGCUGCAAAGAAACCACUACUAAAGGACACCAAUAAUAAGAAGAGACUUGUUUGGGCCAAGAAACAUGAGCAAUGGACAUUAGACUGGUGGAAAUCGUUAUGCAUGCUCAAGUUCUGUUUUUUUUGUCUUAUUUCUUGUUUGUUUCACACAAAAAAAUAUUUUGUUCCACACAUUUAUGUUGUGGAAAUCAAAUGAUAUAAACCCCCCAUUUAAAAAAAAAAAAAAAUUUAAUCCCAGGUUGUAAGGCAACAAAAUAGGAAAAAUGCCAAAGGGGGCGAAUACUUUCGCAAGCCACUGUAUGGAUAGCCAGGGGCUAUCUCCAACACUCAGACAUAAUUUACUAAUAAAGCAUUUGUGUUUAGUGAGUCCGCCAGAACAGAGGCAGUAGGGAUGACCAGGGAUGUUCUCUUGAUAAGUGUGUAAAUUUGACAAUUUUCCCAUCCUGCUAAGCAUUCAAAAUGUAAUGUGUACUUUUGGGUGUCAGGGAAAAUGUAUGAGUAAAAAGUACAAUAUUUUCUUUAGGAAUGUAGUGAAGUAAAAGUUUUUACUUAAGUACUUUACACCAUUGAGAAAAACCCUGGAAUGAGUAGGUGUGUCCAAACGUUUGACUGGUACUGUAUGUAACCUAUGCCCCUUCUUUUUUUAUUCUCAUCGUGUGGGUGUGUGUUAAUUGUCGAUCAACUGCUCUGUCUGUUCAGUAUGAGUUGGAGAACGCUCGGCUGCGCAGUAUCAACUUCUCCCUGUCGGAGGCACUGCAUGCUCCUGCUACUGGCCCCUCCUGUGUUCUGGAGGACGACGCGGUUCUGGACAGCAUCGAGAGCUCCUUCAGCAAGUUCCAUGCCUUCCUGGACCUGCUCAAGGAUGCUGGGUAAGCCUUGUGACUGGCUAAUUAUUUUAUUGGCGGGUUCUCUAAGUUCCUCAGUAAAUAAAUAAAUAGACAGUUUCUCCUCAAAUGUGUGGAGUUUCACCUCAAUGGGACAAAUAUUGAGGCUUACUUCUAGACUAGAGGGUUUAGAUGUGAGGGGAUGUUACUUGUAGUGUAAUGAUUAUCCUCCUUCUCCAGUGUAUAUCCUGUGUAUUCUAACACAUACUCUAUGCUCUGCUAUGUCUCUCAGACUGGGCCAGUUGGCCUCCAUGGCAGGGAUUGACCAGUCCGACUUUGGCCCACUCGGGCGACCCCAGCUGUCCUCCACUGUUGGACGGCCUCUUGUCGGGUCAGGGGACCAGGACACGAGAGAGAAGGUUGAUGUGGCGCCCUCUGUAAAUACAGUCUCAGUGCAGUCUGGGUGUGGGUGGUGUACAGUAUGUAUGAACUAAGAUUGUCGUUAAGGGUGGGGUUUCUUUGGUAGAUAUUCAAGUGUUAAGCAGUGUCGAUUCUGAGUCUGUCGGUGGUGAAUAUCUGUCAGUAGCUUGGGUCCUAUUCAGUCUCAUUCUCUGGGUUGUCUUUCCAGGGAGGCGACAGCUCCAGUGCUCCAUCAGAGGGCCAGCCCAACGGAUGCACCCCCGGAGCUCCAGCCACUCUCAGAGGGUUCUCGCCAGAGGGUGAUCUACAGGAAGUGCCCCCUGUCCCUGCUAGUGAAUUUGCCAGUGAGCCCUGUGUGGAGAAGCCUGGUGGAGAGAAUCAGCAGAGGGUUCCCUCUCCCUCACAACCGGAGGGGCGACUGGUGUCAGGGUCUGAGCACAGUAUCCAUAGCAACGGCUCCCAUGGCAAUGACUCGUAUGCCGAAGGCUCCCAUAGCAAUGACUCUCAGGGUAGCGGUUCCUAUGGCAAAGGUUCCCGCGGUCGUAAUGUCUCUCACCACAGUAAUGGCAAUGGCUCCAAGCAUAGCAACGGCUCCAAUCAUAGCCAUGGCUCACAUGGUUACAGUUUUAACUACAGCAACUGCUCCCAUGCCUACAGCUCCAUCCACAGCGACGGCUUCCAUAGUAACGGCUGGCAUGUUGACGGCUCUGUAAGGUCUAGUCUGAGUGACAGGAGUGACCGUGUGGAAUCUGUUGGGUCAUUCGGGUUGAAGGCUUCUGGAGGGGGCAGGGUAGGGUCAGGAGCUCAGAAGUGAAACUAUAUUCAGAGUUUGCGAUGCUGGAACAGAUCCGCUCUCUGGGGAGCCUGGGUGGCGAGUCUGAUGAUGGGUUCUGAAUCCACAACUCUGCCACUUGAGUGUUUCUUUUUUAUAUUUUCAUUUUAUAUCUGUGUUUACCUUUCUUGUGGCAUUGGUGCCAAAUCGGAGCACUAUAAAAAGGUUAUUGUGCUAAUGAUGCCUAAUUCUUGUGUGGCCAAAUCUGAAAUGUGAUUUUAGUCUUUUGUGGCUUUUUAGUUUUUUUUUUUUUAACUGUGA